AGACGAUGAAAAAUUGAUCGACCAAAAGAAUUCAAGAAAACAUUCGCCUCUCUGCCCAUCAAACUGAACCAUAAGAAAAGCAUGGAGAAAUCCAAACGGAAAUCCGCCCAGCACCAUGCAAAAGAAAACUCCUGGCUGUGCGACGUUUCGGUAUUCUCGGUGGCCGUCUUCAGCUAUCUGAACGGUUCCAACGGAGAUUUCGUCCACGACGACAUUCCGGCUGUCACCUUGAACAAGGACGUUUCCGCCGUUAAUCACGUGGGUCGAGUGUUCGCCAACGAUUUUUGGGGCACUCCGAUGGCAGAUCUCGACAGCCACAAGUCCUACAGACCGCUGACAACGAUCACGUUCAGGGUGAACUAUCUGAUAUUCGGAUUCAACCCGUUAUGGUUCCAUUUGACGAACAUACUUUUGCACGCGAUUGCUUGCAUUCUGUUCACGCGAGUCACCCUGUACGUUGCGGGCCUCAAACCGAAGUUUGCGACCCUCUCAGGACUGCUGUUUGCCGUACACCCUGUACACACGGAGGCGGUCACUGGAAUAGUUGGUAGAGCCGAUGUAUUGGCAUGUGUCUUCUUUCUUACAUCAAUCCUGGCUUAUCAUGGUUCUGGCGAAAGUAAACACUACACCUGGUUGAGCACUAUUUCCGGAGGGCUCAGUAUGUUAGCCAAAGAAACUGGUGUCACAGUAUUCCUGCUGAAUUUGGUUCACGACUUUUACUUACAUUGGCCAAGCCUGAAGAGGACUCUGUCUGAGAUGAGAUGGAAUAGAGAGUCAAUACAAGUUGCUCGAAGAUCCUCUAGAAUUUUGACAUCGCUCGGAGUAUUACUAGCCUUACGACUAGCGAUUCUCCAAGGCUCUCUACCAAAAUUUUCCCAACAAGAUAACCCAGCAGCUUUUCAUCCAUCUAUACACGUGAGAUUUCUCACGUUUUGUUAUUUGGCUGCCUUCAACUGGUGGCUGCUCAUUUGUCCAUCUACCCUUUCCCACGAUUGGCAAAUGGGAUCGAUUCCCUUGGUCACUUCUGUGAACGAUUCCAGAAAUGCACUGACCGUAUUUUGCUUCGCCAUUCUGUUUUUAUUGACUCUCAAGAGUCUAUCAGACUUCGAGGAUCAAAAACAUACCCCGGUUGUUUUGGGGCUAUGUCUUCUAGUGCUUCCCUUUUUACCAGCCACGAAUUUAUUUGUUACUGUGGGAUUCGUUGUGGCUGAGAGAGUGUUGUACAUUCCGAGUCUCGGUUACAUUCUUCUAGUUGCAUAUGGAAUCCAAUUAUUGUGGGAAAACCAAAUAGCUCAUCGCCAAACGCUGUUGACGUUCACCAUCCUGUUGUUGGUAUCAGGCUGUCUCAGGAGUUUAGCUAGGAAUAGGGACUGGAGGUCCAGAGAGACCUUAUUGAGGGCCGGACUAAUGAUGCUACCUCACAACGCUAAAAUGCACUACAACUAUGCUAAUUUUCUCAGAGAUUCUACUAGAAUGGAACUGGCCAAAAGUCAUUACUAUACAGCUCUGCGAUUAUGGCCGUCAUACGCUAGUGCCCACAAUAAUCUUGGGACUUUACUAAACGAUGUAUCGGAAGCAGAAGAACACUUUUUAGCUGCCAUACGUCAUUCUUCAGAUCACGUCAAUGCUCACUACAACCUUGGUCGCUUGUACAGGAAAUAUAACAGGACCUCUGAAUCCGAGAAUAUGCUCAGGAAAUGUGUGUCACUUGAACCAAAAUUCACAUUAGCGUAUGUAGAACUGAUAAAGUUGUUGGGAAUUGAAAAUCCAAGCAUAAUUCUGCUUCUUCAAAACGCUCUGAAUAGCAAUCCUUCCGACCCUUACUAUGGGAUCCAGUUGGCAAAUUGGUCCAUAAAAACAGGUAAUUAUCUACGUGCGCUUAAUUUCUACUGGAGAUCAUUGCAAGGCUCGCCGCACCACCAAAAAGCAAUAAGCGGCGUUGCCAAGUUGCUCAAAAAAAUUGGACAGAAAUCCAGAUUAUUCCAAUUAUUGACCAGAUGGCAUUCCAUUCAACGAAUACGAAUAGGAGAGCUUCAUUCAAACCGCGACAUCUAUCUACAAGAAUGGUAUAUCAGGAAUGAACUCAAAAGCAAAGCAAAAGUAUACGAUGAUCGUGAUUAUUAUUCAUAUGAGAAAAAUACCGCAAUUUCUUCGAUAACCAAAAGCAAGAAUCUUGCUUUUGAUGAUGGGUCACGGGACAUACCGAAAGGAUUCAAAAAUAUGUCGAAUUCAGAAGACGAUGGAUUCCAAAAAAUGAAGUCUCAUACUCCCUUGACGGUUUAUAGUUGGCGAGAUAGUGUAAAAAAUUGAAUAAUCAAUACAUUUUAUAAACAAAUUUACAUCUCGUUUGAUUCAUUUAUGCAGAUAUUCAAUAUGGAAUGAAUAUUUUCUUCUGAUAUAGUAGCGACA